AUGGAGCCAGGAAAUGUUACACAACUUUCAGAAUUUCUUCUUCUGGGAUUUUCAGAGCAGCAAGAUCUGGAGCCUCUCAUGUUUGGACUUUUCCUCUCCAUGUACUUGACAACUGUGCUUGGGAACCUGUUCAUCAUCCUAGCCAUCAUCUCACACUCCCAUCUGCACACACCAAUGUACUUCUUCCUCUCCAACCUUUCCUUUGUGGACAUCUGUUUCACUUCCACCACCAUGCCCAAAAUGUUGGUGAACAUCCAGACACAGAGCAAGAUCAGCUAUGCAGGCUGCAUCACCCAGAUGUACUUUUUAUUGCUUUUUUCAGGGUUGGACAUCUUUCUGCUGACUGUGAUGGCCUAUGACCGAUACGUGGCCAUCUGUUACCCCCUGCACUAUAUGGUUAUCAUGAACUACUGGCUGUGUGGAUUGUUGGUUCUGUCAUGCUGGAUUGUGGGUGUUCUGAAUUCCUUGUUACAUACUUUCAUGGCAUUGCGUCUGUCCUUCUGUACUAACUUGGAAAUCCCGCACUUUUUCUGUGAACUUGAUCAGGUGGUCCACUGUGCCUGUUCUGACACCUUUCUUAAUGACAUGGUGAUAUAUAUUACAGCCAUGCUGCUGGCUAUUGGUCCCUUUACUGCCAUCCUUUAUUCUUACUCUAAGAUAGUUUCCUCCAUACGUGCAAUUACAUCAGCUCAGGGGAAGUAUAAAGCAUUUUCCACCUGUGUGUCUCACCUCUCUGUGGUCUCCUUAUUUUAUUGUACACUCCUGGGAGUGUACCUUAGUUCUGCUGUCACCCAAAACUCACACUCAACUGCAAUAGCAUCAUUGAUGUACACUGUGGUCACACCCAUGCUGAACCCUUUCAUCUACAGUUUGAGGAAUAGAGACAUCAAGAGUGCUCUGAAAAGACUGCUUGGGAGGGCAAUAAAAAGAGGACCAAUAAAUUCACCUCAGUAG